AUGAUACGUGAUUAGAUUAAAAAUAAAUAGAGUGGUUAGACUUAAACAUCAUUAUAAUAAUACCUGCAAUAUCUGUAAUUCGAAAUCGAAACCAAAUCAAUAAUGCUCACUUUUAAAUUGCCAAAUAAAAAAAACAAAAUUCGCAUUAAAGCUACCUCUAAGGAUGAAAUUAUGAGACAUUUCCAAAAUGAAUUGAUCAUAUAUAUUGAAAUAUAUUAGGGAGCAUUGUUUAUUCCAAUAUUUAAACAUUAUAAUAAAACUAAAGUAACCAAGCCCAUUAAAGGUAAAUAGAGAUCAGGAGCAUGCAUAUUUUUGGUUAUGGAAACGCUUGAUGUCUCAUUACCUAGAGUAUUCAAAUGA